CUCGUCAAACACAAUAACCAACCAACCAACCGCCGCCUCAUGAAUCGGAAGGGCCACAAUGAGGCCCCUGAGCUGCUGAGCCAGACCGCCAACGAUGCCAUUGGCGCAGAUCUCCUUUCGUCAUCGGGCGAGGCCUUCACAGGGGCAGUGCGGAAGUUCGUCGGUGCGUGCAUCAAUUGCCGCCUUACUGUCGCGCAGGUCCGAGGUGUGACCGCCCGGCUUCUCGACAAAGAUGCUCUGCGUCGCAUCCUGGUGCGGCUGACGGACGACAGCGACAAAGAGACCCACCUGGCUGCGGCAGAUCUGCUCGGAGUUCUUUUUAUAGAGAUCGAGGCCGAUCUUGCAGCAUUGCAGCAAUCUCAGCUGGUCGAUGUGGCUGCUGUCAUUGUGGACGUGGUGACCUGGAGGCAGGCCGCAGAGGGCGGCAGCCGCUGCUAUGGGCCUGACGAGAGCCUAUACGUCAAACACAUCCUCAAAGCUGAUGCUGCAGUGGAUGUCAUGACGCCGGUGCGACUGGGGCUUCUUGCCUCGGUGCUUCGGGCCCUGCGUGCCGCUGCACCCGAGGAGGGCGCUCGUCUCCGAGACUCAGUGCUCGCCAACCAUCAGACCACCAUCAAGCAGUGUCUGAAGGUCAUCCGCACCGAUACCGAUGGGUCUCCGGCGUUUUCCGCUUCGGCACCGGCGUUUUCCGUCGUGAAAUUGCUGCUGCAGCCUGUCAACCCAUCGUCAUCUUCCCCCGAUGCGGACCCCACGCCCAUUCCCCUCCACCUCUCCCUCCCUUUAUUCACACUGCUGACGGACCAGCUGAUGUCCCUGGCGGAAGGGGCGACCUGCAUGGAUGCACAGAGGUGGUCGUAUGUAGCUGUUCUACCUCCUCUGCUUGCCCACGCAGCCUCAGAGAGGCAGAGCAGAUGUAAGAUGCAAACACACAAGAGCUGAUGGAGUAGAAAUGAGCACUUAGCCCGUGUCGUGUGUGUGUCCGUUCAUCAGCUCUGCGCCAGAAGGACGUGAGGCGGCUGCUCGAACAGCACCUUUGUGCACACGUGGACACGCUCGUGAGACUCAUCACCUCGGCGGAAGGAGGGACGUUGGCUGUGGCGGCGGCCACACUGGGUGCAAUCACAGUGUGCGCCGCUGCUUUGAGCACUCAAUCGCGCCACCCCUUCCCCCUGUUGUCAUGCCGGCCGCUGCUUGACAACCCCUCGCUGAUCAUCAGAGCCGUUGAAGCGGCAAGUGCCCUUCGUGACCGGGACAUCGAGCUGCCGCCAACCGCCUACUCCGCAAUACUCGGCUGUAUGAUGAUACCGGCAGGAUUCGCUAUCGGUCAGACAGAAUGGCCAUUAAGAGGGAGGGAGAGAGAGAGAGAGAGAGAGGGGCGCAGGAGGGACACAAAGUGAGAUGUAAAGCUAGGGCUGGGUGUAUGCUGUGUUUCCCUUCACAGAUUCGGGAGACGUUGGCCCAGGUCGUCGGGUGGUAGAAGCUGUCUGCCAGCUAUUGACCGAAUCUGUGGGGCCGGUACCUGUCGACUGCAUCGUCGACGUCCUCCAGCAGUUGAUCAAGUGAGCGGAGGAUUGACGGUGGGAGCUGGCCCUACAGGCUGCAUGCAUGCGUGUCUGUCAUGGGCUGUCCUGCAGAGGGGGUCAUGAGUUGGUCACUAAGGGCAAGGCCACAAGCAACCCGUUCGUCGAUCAGAUCGUUCAGGUGAGUGCAAGCAUUCACCCGCGGGUCGAUAGCAACGUGUCCGUGUCUGUCUGUGUGGUUUACUGCCAGUGUGAGGCCGUCCAGCAGCUGAGAGGCCGCCGUGACCUGUCAGCAGAGGUGAGGGACGAAGCCAAUGAGACCACACUACCAAACAAGGUGGGUCGGUGAUGCCAUCCUCCCGUUUCUAUAGGUGUCGUCGUUCAUCGAUUCGCUACCCAAGGCGGCCAGCGCGUGCAGCAGCUCAGCCGCGGCGGACCGAUCGCGCCGCCCGGUCAAGCCCAAGACAGCCACUCAGACUCAUCAUGCGUCAGGUCCGCCCUCGCCGCCUCACCCAUCGACAUCGUCUGGCGGCCUCGAUGGGCUGGAGGACGGCCUCUUCUCGGACGACAUCGACACAUUCACUGCGGCAGUCAAAGACGUUGCCGGCUGCCUUGGUAGCGCAACGGGUGCCGAAAUCGAUGCAUUUGUCAGGCGGUUGGCGGUGAGGUUUGGCAAGGACAGGGAGGCCUUCCGCCGCAUCCUGACGUGUCUGGUGGACGGCAGCAAUGCCAAGUCUACUCUUCAGCUGGUGAUUGGCGCCGUACUCGACAUCCCCUUCUCGAGAGGCCUCCUGUCCUUCAUGCCCUCGUCAAAUCGGGUUGCGGCCAUCCAGGACAUCUUCGAGAUCGUCACAUGGAAGCAGCUUGAGGAGGGAGGAGGGGAGGGGGGUGACCUGGGCGGGGAGGUCGACAGCAACAUCGCGUCUGCUUUCGUCCAGGCAUCGUCAGCCGACGAGCCGCUGCCCCGUGCCAUCGAUGUGGUGACAUAUGCGAGACUGCGCUUUAUUCGAUACGCUCUUGAGGCGGCCACCGCCCUUGAAGCUUCAGGAGGGCCGCAGCUCCGCGCGAGCUUCCUUCAGACCCACCAAACGACCCUCCGGCAGGCGAUGAGUCUCAUUUGUGAGCGCAGACACGCACGUGUCGUUAACGAGGCCUUCGUGAUGCUGAAGAACCUGUUCGCGACCAGCCCCGUCGGCCCAUCAUUUCAACUCGUGCUCGAGUUCUUCUCCAUUUUCGUCGAGAGCCUGAAGCAGCUGACUGAUGAGCGACCAGUGGGGACGUGCCGCUUCUUACUGCCGCUGGUCCAUGCCGCAGAGUAUCUACGGGACUCCCCACGAGAAGGUCAGAAAAGUGCACGUUGAAAUGCUCUUUGAACGAGGCUGCUGUCCUUUGUCUUGGCAGGUAUCGUGACGGAGUGGCCGGCCAUCAAGGCGGCUCUCAACACACACGUCUACGCGCACAUAGACACGCUGCUGAACCGCAUCGCGGCGUCCGAUCCUUCCUCUCCCCUGUGCUUGGCGGCGAUCUCCACCGUGGGAGCUCUCCUCCUGGCCGCCAUCGUCCUCUGCGUCCGAAAGAAGAAAGGUAGGCAAUGGAAGGGAUGGCGUGGGAGCGUCCGUCAUGCACCUGGACUGCGUGUGUGUCUACGGGUGUGGGUGCUAUUGGGGAAGGCCAAUUAUGGGACCUGAUCGAACAGAACGGUGUGGCCAAGAUCACGGCCGCUGCCCCUCUGCCGAUGCAGCCGCUUAGUCGUCUCAUUUUGGAUGCCGCCAUCCGCGACAAGGUGGUGAACGCAUUGGGCAUGGACUACACGUACAAGGGUAUGCCGAUCUCCCUCGGACUGUUCACAGCGACCGCUCUGCUGAUGCCGGCGAUGGCCAUGAUAGGUCCGUCUGUGAGCUCGUGAAGCUCCUAAAGUCCCUCAACUAUGUGUGUGUGAGUGUGUGUAUUGGGGUGUGUGUGUGCAGAUGGUGGGGAGGCUGGCCUUGUGGUCGAGUCGGGCUUUAUGUCCACCCUCAUCUCACUCCUGGACAACGCCGAGAGGACGGGCGUGACUAUGAUGAACCUCUGCAUGAUUUGUGUCAAGACGCUCAGUCAGAGAGAUCGAAAGGUCAGCAAAGGAAGGUCACGGACCUCCCAUCUCAUUUGGACGAGAGUGCUGCGGUGGUGCGUUUGUUUGUGUGUAGGUGUUGGGGACCGAUGGACUGGCAGAGGCCAUAUGUGGCAUGCUGGUCAAAGACGCACAAGGACAUCUCAGUGCAGAGGAGUGGGCGGGUAUCACUGACAGUGAACGCAAGACGGCUGUCGACAUUCUCAAGAGCAUCGUCAGGUGAGCCAUGUGCUGCAGACAAGGAGGGCCGGCACAUCCAUUAGUGUGUCUGUUUGUCGCUGUGUGAUGCAUGUCAGCUAUGGCAAGUCGCUGGUCGCCAGAGGCACACCGAAUCCCAUCGUCGGGCAGAUACUGCAGGUACGUUAACCGAGGGUCGUGUGUGCUGUGCCCUCCUGACUGACUGACUGUGUGCCACCAUGUCAGUUCGAGUCGGUCAAGGCGGUCCGGAAGCGCAGCAGCGGCACGAAGGCGUCUUCACAAGUGAGCAACGCUCCUGCACAGCACGAGACUCUCCUCUCCACCCAUCUCUGUGCCCCAACAGGUCUUGGAAUUCUUCACUUCCCUCGCCCAGCAGCACCAGAAGGACACCAAGGCCAAGCCCGAAACCGCCAUCUCGGCCGCCCAGUUGGCGGCCCAGGAGGCCAAGGCGAAGCGGAUGCAAGAGGCCCUCCUCGCCGAGGAGCGACGUGAGAAGGAGGCCAAAGAGAAAAAGGGCAAGGGCAAAAAGCGAACAAGGGCGGCAAGGGACACCACCAGCAGCAGCAGCAGGAGGCUGCAGCUGGGGAUGCGGCGAGCCCCUCCGAUGCGGUGAUUGAGCCAUCGGUGCCCUCCACCGCCGCAUCCACCAGGUAGGAAAGCCAUCCACACCAAAGACCAUGGCUGGCGGGAGUGUUUACCUCAUGUGUGUGUGUGCAGUCGGGCUUCUGCUGCGGAUGAGGUUGAGGCGAGUCAGCCGGAGCCCUCUUCGUCCAUCGCCGACACGUGAGCAAUCCACCCACUUGACGAGAUGCCCCGGCACAUUCGCUUCCUCUGUGUGCGUGUCGAUCUCUUUCUUUGCAGGUCUGGUGCGUCUGGUGUGCCAUCCGUGUCAGCCGCUGCGGGCAGCGACCGGCCUGGUGAUGGUGGCGAUGCAGCAAAGUCGGCGGCUGGUGGAAGCGACGGUGACAGUGAUGAUGAGGACGGCGACGCUAUGCUGCUCAACUCGGCAUUCGGGCAACACGCACGGCAACAGCUGAGCGAGGGCAAGAAGAAGAAUAGCAAAGGCAAACACGCCACCAAGCCCACUCCGAAGCCCACAACUCAGCCGAGCCAGCCGCCCAGCCCCUCACUCCCACCAGCACUCCGGACCACUCAGACGGGGCAAACGGGCCGCCCUGCACCUGCCGCCAAUGAGGACCGUUAUCGCGGCGGCAAUGCCCCCAUUCGGAUGCCCGCCCCCAUUCCCCUCUCAAGCGCCCAGUUCCCCAAGGGCCGCUUCAAGUCGUCACCUGGCAAUGGGGGGCUGGCCCCUCCUCUGCCGAAGCGUCCAUCGCCACUGCUGUCUGACGAUGACAGUCCGUCUGGCGGUGUGUCGCCUCCCUUUCGGCAUGUGGGAGGUCGUGGGGCGGGGAGGGGCCUCAUAACGAUGUUUUCCCCCCACCCGCCCCCUCCUCCCUCCAUCCCCCACCGACUCCCGUCGGCCGAGGAGCUGCGCACCAGGCCGUCGCUGCAGCAGCAGAGCGACAAGACGACCGACUGCAGCCGACACGUGGCGAGGGGCCGAGAUGAGAUGGCCGCACACAAUGAGCGCUGUGAUCCGAUCGCAAUGAUCGCUUUUUCCCCUACUGUGUGUCCCAGUCUGUCUACUGGUGGUCCUUCGCUGAGUCGCUUCUUCGCCAAUGCGCCUGUCGGGCCAGUACCACCGGCUGCUGCUGCCGCUGCUGGUGGUCGUGGCGCUGGUGGGCUGUCGGCAGAUCCAUUCUAUGACAGUGGCGGUGACGACAUGUACUGCGUGCCGCCGCCGCCGGCCUUUCCACCGCCGCCCCCACCACAGCCACCGAUCGACCCAAAGUAACACGGGCAUGUGAUGUCUGUCAGCAACGAUUUCAUUGAUUUCUUGUCGCCUGCUUUGGCGUGCAGUGGUUUCCAUCCGAUUGGUUCCCCUAUCCCUGUCAGCUACAAUGGCGGCCCACAGCCGUCCGGCGCUCCUUCCGCACAUCCAUUUGGUUUCCCCAAUCUUGUCCCGUAUAGCCCAACCCCAGCUGCUGCCGCUGCCGCUACAGCUAGUGAUGGUGGUGGUGGGCUGUCGGCUAACCCCUUCUAUGGCUAUGACAGUGGUGAUGAUGAAGACAUGUAUGUGCCGCCCCCGCCGCCCAUUUUCGAGUAUGAGGAGGCAGGAUACCAGCCGCCCUCAACGAGCAGCGCAGCCGACCCCUUCGCUGCGGCUGAGACGGCCUGGGCUAUUCAGGGCGGCAAUGGCGGCCCGUCCAGGGGGUACACAGAGGCAGGCAGAGACGAGAGGGAACGAUAGCACGUAUCACUCUGUUCCCUGGCUGCUACGUGCUUGUGUGUAGGUUUGGUGCGGUGAUGGGCGCCGCGGCGGCCUCCAACAGCGAGCAUCUGGUGGACCAGCUAUGCCGCCAACUGGAGCAGACUCAGCAGGAGGCCAAACAAAAGGACCAGGAGGCCAAGCGGAGGGCUCGAGAGGUGCAGGAGGCUAAGGAGAAGGAGGAGGCGCUAGUACGGCAGCUGCAAGAGGCGCAAUGGACGUAAGUGCGAUUUUCGCAUAUCGCAUAUCUCAUUCACUUCGUUCAAUGGUGUCCUGCUUGACAGGAUUGCCAAAAUGGCCGCAAAGCAGUCAUCGCACCACCACCAGCCCUCCUCGUCCAGCAGCAGCUCAUCGGCACCACCCCCACCCACACACCAGCCACAGCAGCCACAGCAGCCACAGCCCCAGGGUGGCGAGUGCAGUCUGUGCAUGGACGCGCCCGCGUCGGUCGUCUACAUGCCCUGCCGACACCUCCGGGUGUGCCCCAAGUGCUACGAUGCCAACAAGGCCAGAGUGCACCGCAAUCUCAGCCGCGUGAGGGCCGAGAACGACCGACGCAAGAAGGAGAAUGAGGAGCGCAAGAGGCAGAACGAGGGCCGCGAGGAGGACAAACAGCUGCCGAUGGUGAAGCUGCUGGAGGAGCCCCACUAUGUGUGUGAGCACUGCAAUGGCAGGGUGGAGUUCGGUGGCUCGGUGGAGGAAGCCAUGCAGUGGGUGGCCAACAACCUUCUCACUGCCUGACACACAGACAGACACGCAGACAGACAGUCGUGGCUUGGGGAGAGAGGGAUGGUGUGUGUUCGCUUGUGGGUUGGGGAGGUCAGUCUGUGUGCCCUUAGCGCCGGAGGGAGGGAGGGAGGGAGGGAGAGUUGGGGGUGGGUGUCUCUCAAGUACUAGCGUUAUGUAGCGCGAGCAACGUGUGAGCCAAAGAUCCCAUCGCUCACCACGUCUGUGUGUGUAUACCUAUCUGUAUUUGUGUUGAAACCAUCUAGAAGAGGGCCGGGCGGGUGCUUCAGCCCCAGGUUUAAGUCAUUGCACGGACGAUGGUGGAGUGAGUCGGGAGAAAGGAGGGCUGGCGAGCGUCGGUGAGCGGUGGAGGGCAACAGGCAGGCGCAGAUAUCCGUUGCCGGCCAUGUUUGUCUGUCGCGGGUGCUUAGGUACGUGUGUGCCAUUUAUAUGUGUGGGUCCGUUUUUGUCUGACUCCUCAUCCCUCUCAUCCCAUGGCGCCAGUGUCUUAGGUGUGUUUGUCCCGUCCCGGCCGGUGUCUCUAUCUGUAUGUGUGUGUCCGCUGCCUUGUUUGCAUUCACGUGAUGUGUGUGCAUCAUCAUGGAUGGAGCGGAAUGGACGGCUGGCCAUAUGGGCGGAAAAGGUCUGAGUCUUUAUUCGCGUUUCGACUGAGACGUGCGCGUGCGUAUAAUGUGUGGCUUCCCUGCAUUCAUGCAAUGCAUCCACACACUGCUCGCUGUUCGUGUGCAUGUGCAUGCAUGCCGGCAUAUUCAUGCAUGCACAUGAACAUGCCGGCAUGCAUGACGCGAUUGUGCGCAAUGAAUUCGA